CCAGGAACGAACAGUUCGGCCGGUACCAUUUUAUAUUCGUCAAUUCUAUAUAAAAAAAACUUCGUAAACAGUUUAGGACGAAAUUUUUAUUAUGACUCCGAGAGGUCAAGGAGGAAUAAACCAACUAGGCGGAGCCUUCGCCAACGGUAAGCCCUUGCCUUUCCAUGUGAGAUUGCGAAUUUUGGAGCUAGCACUUUAUGGUUACCGUCCCUGCGAUAUAUCGCGCCACUUACUUGUUUCUCAUGGGUGUGUAUCCAAGAUCUUGACACGCUUCGCAGAAACGGGCUCUAUUUUACCAGGAGCUAUAGGUGGGAGCAAACCAAGAGUUUCAACUCCAUUGGUAAUCGCAAAAAUUCGACAGUACAAAGAAGAAAAUGCUUCUUUAUUUGCAUGGGAAAUCAGAGAAAAAUUGCUAUUUGAAGGUAUCUGUCCCAGAGAUUCUUUACCAUCCGUUUCUUCAAUCAAUCGAAUAUUACGGAGAGCUCCAAAGAUAGUUUCAACGAAGCAAGAAAUGGCAGAUAGAGAGAGGGAAGAUUCAACAUAUUUUGAAAUCGAAGAUAUUGCUACCGCUCUUUACGAAAAUUCUAAUCCUAGCAAAAUUUCAAAUCGAAGAGGCAAAAUAUUUACAUCAACUCAUAAUCAAACUAUUGCCAUGGAUUCAAAGCCCAUGCGCAUUUUAAAAAUGACGCAAAAUAAUAACAUGGCCACUUCGAAUGUUGUCCCUCCAAAAAAGGAGUACAAGAGAACAUUUUAUAUUAGGGAUAUAUUAGAUAUGUGACGGUUAUCAGGAAACUGAAGUUUAUGCCAUUUUUACUACUUGAUCCUUUUAUAAAACUAUUUACUGCAGUCGAAAUAUUGUAAAUAUGUAGAAAUGUGUAAAAAAUGUUGUUUUUUGAAACUAACGGAAUUUUUUUCUUCACAAAAUAAUAUUGUGC